CCGGCCAGCUCACCCGGCUGCCCUGUGCCCAGGCCGCCACUGCCGGGUUCUCGAGCCCAGCUCCAAGGCGGACCUCCUCGGGCACUGCGCCCCACUGCGCUGCCGCCCCAGGUCCCCGACCCGGUCUGCACCCCGGGCAGCGGGCCAGCGGGGCCAGGGGGCGCUCGGCACCUGGGCACUCCAAGCGAUGCGCAGCGGGGCAGCAUCGGCCCCGCCGAUGGAGCUGCUGCCUUCUCUCUCGCCCGGCGCGCCCCGCUCCUCCUGCGCCCCGUGCGCCUGAGCGCCGAGCUCGCUCCUCCUCCGCGCCAACUCUACCGCCUGCUCCCCAGGCCGUCCGUGCUCCCCCGCGUCUCCCGGGGCUCUACGCAUCUUGCCCCACGGAGGCAGCUUCCUCCGGGCGCGGGCCCCUGCACACCAUGGCCCCCGGGCGGACAGGGGCCGGCGCCACCGUGCGCGCCCGCCUGGCGCUGGCCUUGGCGCUGGCGAGUGUCCUGAGCGGGGGCCCCACCGCCGCCUGCCCUACCAAGUGUACCUGCUCUGCCGCCAGCGUGGACUGCCACGGGCUGGGCCUCCGGGCGGUUCCUCGCGGCAUCCCCCGCAACGCCGAGCGCCUUGACCUGGACAGAAAUAAUAUCACUAGGAUCACCAAGAUGGACUUUGCUGGACUCAAGAACCUUCGAGUCUUGCAUCUGGAAGAUAACCAGGUCAGCAUCAUCGAGAGAGGCGCCUUCCAGGAUCUGAAGCAGCUGGAGCGAUUGCGUCUGAACAAGAAUAAGCUCCAAGUCCUUCCAGAACUGCUUUUCCAGAGCACACCGAAGCUCACCAGACUAGAUCUGAGCGAGAACCAGAUCCUGGGCAUCCCGAGGAAGGCGUUCCGCGGCAUCGCCGACGUGAAGAACCUGCAACUGGACAACAACCACAUCAGCUGCAUUGAAGAUGGAGCCUUCCGAGCGCUGCGCGAUUUGGAGAUCCUCACCCUCAACAACAACAACAUCAGCCGCAUCCUGGUCACCAGCUUCAACCACAUGCCGAAGAUCCGAACCCUGCGCCUCCACUCCAACCACCUGCACUGCGACUGCCACCUGGCCUGGCUCUCGGACUGGCUGCGACAGCGGCGGACGGUUGGCCAGUUCACACUCUGCAUGGCGCCCGUGCACCUGAGAGGCUUCAAUGUAGCAGACGUGCAGAAGAAGGAGUACGUGUGCCCAGGCCCCCACUCGGAGCCGCCAUCCUGCAAUGCCAACUCCAUCUCCUGCCCUUCGGCCUGCACCUGCAGCAAUAACAUCGUGGACUGCCGGGGCAAGGGCUUGACGGAGAUCCCCGCCAACCUGCCAGAGGGCAUCGUCGAAAUACGCCUGGAGCAGAACUCCAUCAAGUCCAUCCCUGCCGGAGCCUUCACCCCGUACAAGAAGCUGAAGCGAAUAGACAUCAGCAAGAACCAGAUAUCGGACAUCGCUCCCGAUGCCUUCCAGGGUCUGAAAUCGCUCACGUCACUGGUGCUCUACGGGAACAAGAUCACCGAGAUUGCCAAGGGGCUGUUUGACGGGCUGGUGUCCCUGCAGCUGCUCCUCCUCAAUGCCAACAAGAUCAACUGCCUGCGGGUGAACACGUUCCAGGACCUGCAGAACCUCAACCUGCUCUCCCUCUAUGACAACAAGCUGCAGACCAUCAGCAAGGGACUCUUCGCCCCUCUGCAGGCCAUCCAGACGCUCCACUUAGCCCAAAACCCGUUUGUGUGCGACUGCCAUCUGAAGUGGCUGGCGGACUACCUGCAGGACAACCCCAUCGAGACCAGCGGGGCGCGCUGCAGCAGCCCCCGGCGGCUGGCCAACAAGCGCAUCAGCCAGGUCAAGAGCAAGAAGUUCCGCUGCUCAGGCUCAGAGGAUUACCGCAGCCGGUUCAGCAGCGAGUGCUUCAUGGACCUCGUGUGCCCCGAGAAGUGUCGCUGCGAGGGCACCGUUGUGGACUGCUCCAACCAGAAGCUGGCCCGCAUCCCCAGCCACCUCCCUGAAUACGCCACCGACCUGCGACUGAACGACAACGAGAUAUCUGUCCUGGAGGCCACCGGUAUCUUCAAGAAGUUGCCCAACCUGCGGAAGAUAAACCUGAGUAACAACAAGAUCAAGGAGGUGCGAGAGGGCGCCUUUGAUGGAGCAGCGGGCGUGCAGGAGCUGAUGCUGACAGGGAACCAGCUGGAGAUGGUGCACGGGCGCAUGUUCCGUGGCCUCAGUGGCCUCAAGACCUUGAUGCUGAGGAGCAACCUCAUCAGCUGUGUGAGCAAUGACACCUUCGCCGGCCUGAGCUCAGUGCGACUGCUGUCCCUCUAUGACAACCGCAUCAGCACCAUCACCCCCGGAGCCUUCACCACGCUGGUCUCCCUGUCCACCAUAAACCUCCUGUCCAACCCCUUCAACUGCAACUGCCACCUGGCCUGGCUUGGCAAGUGGCUGAGGAAGCGGCGGGUCGUCAGCGGGAACCCCCGGUGCCAGAAGCCAUUCUUCCUCAAGGAGAUUCCCAUCCAGGACGUGGCCAUCCAGGACUUCACCUGCGAAGGCAACGACGAGAGCAGCUGCCAUCUGGGCCCGCGCUGCCCCGAGCAGUGCACCUGCGUGGAGACGGUGGUGCGGUGCAGCAACAGGGGGCUCCGCGCCCUCCCCAAAGGCAUCCCCAAGGACGUGACUGAGCUGUACCUGGAAGGAAACCACCUCACGGCCGUGCCCAGGGAGCUGCCCGCCCUCCGACACCUGACACUUAUUGACCUGAGCAACAACAGCAUUGGCGUACUGACCAACUACACCUUCAGUAACAUGUCGCACCUCUCCACCCUGAUCCUGAGCUACAACCGGCUGCGCUGCAUCCCCGUCCACGCCUUCCACGGGCUGCGGUCCCUGCGAGUGCUAACCCUGCACGGCAACGACAUCUCCAGCGUCCCCGAAGGCUCCUUCAACGACCUGCCGUCCCUGUCCCAUCUGGCGCUGGGCACCAACCCGCUGCACUGUGACUGCAGCCUGCGCUGGCUGUCGGAAUGGGUGAAGGCGGGGUACAAGGAGCCCGGCAUCGCCCGCUGCAGUAGCCCCGAGCCCAUGGCCGACAGACUCCUGCUCACCACCCCCACCCACCGAUUCCAGUGCAAAGGGCCAGUGGACAUCAACAUUGUGGCCAAGUGCAACGCCUGCCUCUCCAGCCCGUGCAGGAACAACGGGACGUGCAGCCAGGACCCCGUGGAGCUGUACCGCUGCGCCUGCCCCUACGGCUACAAGGGCAAGGACUGCGCCACGCCCAUCAACACCUGCGUCCAGAACCCCUGUCAGCACGGAGGCACCUGCCACCUGAGCGAGAGCCACAAGGACGGCUUCAGUUGCUCCUGCCCUCUGGGCUUUGAGGGGCAGCGAUGUGAGAUCAACCCGGAUGAUUGUGAGGACAAUGACUGCGAGAACAACGCCACCUGUGUGGAUGGGAUCAACAACUACGUGUGUGUGUGCCCGCCUAACUACACAGGUGAGCUGUGCGACGAGGUGAUUGACCACUGCGUGCCGGGGCUGAACCUCUGCCAGCACGAGGCCAAGUGCAUCUCGCUGGACAAAGGAUUCAGGUGCGAGUGUCUCCCUGGCUACAGCGGGAAGCUCUGCGAGGUGGACGACGAUGACUGCGCGGCCCACAGGUGCCGCCACGGGGCCCAGUGCGUGGACGCGGUCAACGGCUACACGUGCAUCUGCCCCCAGGGCUUCAGCGGGCUCCUCUGCGAGCACCCCCCGCCCAUGGUCCUGCUGCAGACCAGCCCCUGCGACCAGUACGAGUGCCAGAACGGGGCGCAGUGCAUCGUGGUGCAGCAGGAGCCCACCUGCCGCUGCCCCCCGGGCUUCGCCGGCCCGCGCUGCGAGAAGCUCAUCACCGUCAACUUCGUGGGCAAGGACUCCUACGUGGAACUGGCCUCCGCCAAGGUCCGGCCCCAGGCCAACAUCUCCCUGCAGGUGGCCACGGAUAAGGACAACGGCAUCCUCCUCUACAAGGGAGACAACGACCCCCUGGCGCUGGAGCUGUACCAGGGCCACGUGCGGCUGGUCUACGACAGCCUGAGCUCCCCGCCGACCACGGUGUACAGCGUGGAGACGGUGAAUGACGGGCAGUUUCACAGCGUGGAGCUGGUGAUGCUGAACCAGACCCUGAACCUGGUGGUGGACAAAGGAGCCCCCAAGAGCCUGGGAAAGCUCCAGAAGCAGCCAGCAGUGGGCAUCAACAGCCCCCUCUACCUUGGAGGCAUCCCGACCUCCACGGGCCUCUCCGCGCUGCGCCAGGGGGCGGACCGGCCUCUGGGUGGCUUCCACGGCUGCAUCCACGAGGUGCGCAUCAACAACGAGCUGCAGGACUUCAAGGCGCUCCCGCCGCAGUCCCUGGGCGUCUCGCCCGGCUGCAAGUCCUGCACGGUGUGCCGGCACGGCCUGUGCCGCGCGGUGGAGAAGGACAGCGUGGUCUGCGAGUGCCACCCCGGCUGGACCGGCCCGCUGUGCGACCAGGAGGCCCCGGACCCCUGCCUGGGCCACAGCUGCCGCCAUGGGAAAUGUGUGAGGACCGGGCCCUCCUACGUAUGCAAGUGUGCCGAGGGCUACGGAGGGGCCUUGUGUGACCACAAAAACGACUCCGCCAGCGCCUGCGCAGCCUUCAAAUGCCACCACGGGCAGUGCCACGUCUCAGACCGAGGGGAGCCCUACUGCCUGUGCCAGCCUGGCUUCGGAGGGGAGCACUGCGAACAAGAAAACCCGUGCCUGGGGGAGGUCGUCCGAGAGGUGAUCCACCGCCAGAAGGGUUACGCGUCAUGUGCCACAGCCUCCAAGGUGCCCGUGGUGGAGUGCCGCGGGGGCUGCGGGCCCCAGUGCUGCCUGCCCACCCGCAGCAAGCGGCGGAAAUACGUCUUCCAGUGCACGGACGGCUCCUCCUUCGUGGAGGAGGUGGAGAGACACUUAGAGUGCGGCUGCCGGCCCUGCGCCUAGGCCUCCGUCCCCCCGGCGGCCCGGCGGCCCCGGCACAGCCACGGGGGACCUGGAGAGGAAAGAAGAAGAGAAUAUUAAGUAUAUUGUAAAAUAAACAAAAAAUAGAACUUAUUUUUAUUAUGGAAAGUGACUAUUUUCAUCUUUUAUUAUAUAAAUAUAUCCCACCGUCCGCGUAUCUGUACCAUAUAGUGAGCUAUUGUUACUGCGUUGUCUUGUGUUGUGGAUUUGUCGUGUUUUUAUGAACAGCUGUUAAAAGUUUUAAGAGAAAAGACUAAUAAAAUGUUUUAAGGCGGAAGGAUAAGAACAAAGAA